AGCCCCGCCCCUCCGACCAGUCAACAACUGGAUCCAGCUGUUUGUAUUUUUCGUCAACUAGCAUCGCUAGCCCGCUAACGAUGAUUCGCUGCGUUCGCGAGAAAACGAGCUAGCCUACCCGUGUGGAUAUUUUUUCCUUUUCCUUUGUUUGAAAAAAAAAAACUCUCCAUCGACGGUUUAUGCCGAUGUGCAGCCAACGAGAACCAAAGGACCGACGAGAGCGGAGAGAGAGACUCACACACCGUCCUUUAGCCUAGCACGGCUAGCCCCAGAGCAGAGAGAAGGCUGGCUACGUCCCUUUAACAGUAACGCAGCUAAGAUUUAUUCACCGAAGCAAUGGCUUGUCUCUGACAUCGAGAGGAACGAGGCCCAGUUGGUUGUCACAUUGGAGUAAUCGGAGCCCAUAACUAGCAAGGUGGGUCUGGGUUGACUCUACCGAGGUGCCAUUGACGAUAAGAGGCUGAGCCGAGAGCCAGCUCGCCGAUGCACGUUGGUUUAUACCCACCAGAGCUGCCAACAUGAUGCCGAUGAUAUUAACGGUGUACCUCAGUGAUGGGGAGCAAACCGUGACUGAGGUGCCCAUCACUCCAGAAACAACGUGCCGCGACGUCGUGGAGUUCUGCAAGGAGCCCGGGGAGAGCGGGUGCCACCUGGCUGAGGUCUGGAGAGGCAACGAGCGAGCGAUCCCCUUUGAGCACAUGAUGUACGAGCACCUGCAGAAAUGGGGGCCGAGGAAGCAAGAAGUCAAGUUCUUUCUAAGGCACGAAGAUUCACCGACGGAAGGCAGCGAUCAAGGGAGUCAGCAGUGUCAGGAUCAGACGAGUCGCAGGAGUGGAAACGCUGGAGAGAAGCACAAUGAGAACGGGGUUGGGAACCAGCGUGUGGAACUCACUCUGUCAGAGCUGCAGGAGAUGGCCACGCGGCAACAGCAACAAAUCGAGGCUCAGCAGCAGAUGCUUGUUGCAAAGGAGCAACGUUUGCGUUACCUGAAGCAGCAGGAGCGGCGUCAGCAGCAAACGGUCUCGGAGAGCGAAAAGCUGCAGAGGCUGAAGGAUCGUGUCGAGAGCCAGGAGGCAAAGCUCAAGAAGAUUCGGGCAAUGAGAGGCCAGGUGGACUACAGCAAGGUCAUCAAUGGCAACCUGUCGGCAGAGAUUGAGCAAGUCAGUGGCCUGUUCCACGAGAAGCAGGCUGAGUUACAGUCCGCGGUGCUGAGGGUGGAGCAGCUUAGCCUGCAGCUAGAGGACCUGCGCAGAGGAAAGCUCAAUGGCAUACAGACUGCACUGGGAGGCCAAGUAACCGGUGCUGCAGCCCUAGAGCUACGUAAACUGUACCAGGAGCUUCAGAUUCGCAACAAGUUAAACCAGGAGCAAAACAGCAAGCUGCAGCAACAGAAGGAGCUUCUGAACAAGCGCAACAUGGAAGUGACGCUCAUGGACAAGCGCAUCAGCGAGCUGCGGGAACGCCUCUACAAGAAAAAAGCUGAGGCACGUCAAAAAGAGAACCUUCCUCUAAAUAGAGCAAACGGGCCUCCCUCCCCUCAGCCAGCUCCUGGUACUUUGGGUCGCGUUGCCGCUGUUGGACCGUACAUCCAAGUUCCUGUACCGGGGCGACAAGAAGGGGGCUACAACAUGCCUCCUGAUCCACUGAAGCCUCAGACACUGGGUGUUAACAACCAAGCCAACCAUGGCCGCACCAAAUCAGACGGUGUGCGAAAGCCUCCCGGCCCUUGGAAAGUGUCUGAUUUAGACAUCGUUGUGGACCCGGUAGCCCCGUCCCUUCCAGAAUCACACCCGGGCCCCGGAGCCUCCACUGGCUCUGACAGCACGUCCCCUAAUGACACUGGGUGGCCUACUGUAGGGAAACCCAACACUACUCUAAAGCCUCCUGAGAGAAGAGACUCAGGGACUGAUACCCAGGGCAAGAGCCCUACCUCAGGCUCCCCCAUUGCUCCAAAUGCAGAAAAGGUGCUAGACUCCAAAAUGACUGUGUCCUCCCCUGCCAUAAACAAGCCACAGCCGCCACCGUACGGAUCUCACCUCAUCACCGCAAACUCAGCCAGCUCCUUGGAGCGCCGCAAAGAUGCUCCCCCUCCUCCCCCUCGCCCGCUCCCAAACCCGCCAGCCCCCGCUUGGCCCCGCGUCCCUCCGGCCACAGGCUCGUCCUCGCAGCAGAUCCAGCAGCGUAUCUCAGUGCCACCGAGCCCCACCUUCCAGCCUAACGCACCGCUAUUCCCUCCCGGCCUCAGCGAGCGGCUAGAUCCUCCACCAGCCGUGGCAGUGCGCCCCUUCAUCCCAGACCGAGGAUCGCGGCCUCAGUCGCCUCGCAAGGGCCCACCCACGAUGAACUCCAGCUCCAUUUAUCACAUGUACCUUCAGCAGGCGGCACCAAAGAGCCAGCCACUCAAGCCUGCUCUCAAAGCAGUGUACGGGAAGCCUGUUCUCCCCUCCAGCUCGACACCCCCUUCGCCGCUACCUUUUGUCCAGGGAGGAGGAGCCUUCCCCUUGUUCCAAGCUCAACCCAGCGGUGAGGACGCUUUAGAUGGAGAAUUCGUCGAUCACGAGAGCUUCCAGCACCUGGAGCCGUCGGCUCCUCCUCCCAGUGUGGAGAACAUCCCGCGACCGCUCAGCCCCACUAAGCUAACGCCCAUGGUGCAUUCCCCGCUGCGCUACCAAAGUGACGCCGACCUCGAAGUGCUCCGAAAAAAGCUCGCCAAUGCACCAAGGCCGCUCAAGAAGCGCAGUUCCAUCACAGAGCCGGAGGGCCCCAGCGGACCCAACAUCCAGAAACUGCUCUACCAGAGGUUCAACACUUUAGCGGGAGGCAUAGAGGGAAAUGGGGUCAGUGGAUCAGGAGGGGGUAACGGUGCUGGUAAUGGAACGCCAUUUUACCAACCGGCUAAUCCUCCUGGCUACCCGGGAGGUGACUCUCUGGCUGAUACAGACAACGGUAAUCUCCUGUCUGAGACUCCGCUAGCACCACCUCCAGGGGAAGAGGAGCAGGGCUCUGAGGCUCCUCCUGCCACCACCGACGCGAAUGACAACGAUCCACUGCCCUCGCCGCCGGAAGGACUCGUGGAUCCCGCUGAGGAAGAGGGAGCAGAGGACGACAACAACAACAACGUGGGAGGCUCCGAGGUGUCGCUGCCCAGCCCCGUGCUGGAGGUCACCACUCCAGAAGAGAGCGAUACAGCCGCCUCACAAGCUUUGGAGAAGCGCACAAACCUGAAGAAGCCCAACUCUGAGCGCACAGGUCACGGCUUCAGGGUGAAGUUUAACCCACUGGCCCUCCUGCUGGACGCCUCGUUGGAGGGAGAAUUUGACCUGGUCCAGAGGAUCAUCUAUGAGGUGGAGAAUCCCAGCACUCCAAAUGAUGAAGGCAUCACCCCCCUGCACAACGCAGUGUGCGCGGGACAUCACCACAUAGUCAAGUUCCUGCUGGAUUUCGGUGUGAACGUCAACGCUGCAGACAGCGACGGAUGGACCCCUCUUCACUGCGCCGCAUCCUGCAACAGCGUUCAUCUCUGCAAAUUGCUGGUUGAGUCGGGGGCCGCCAUCUUUGCCAGCACCAUCAGUGACGUGGAGACCGCUGCAGAUAAAUGUGAGGAGAUGGAGGAGGGAUACAUCCAGUGUUCCCAGUUUCUAUACGGUGUCCAGGAGAAGCUCGGCGUAAUGAACAAGGGGACGGUGUACGCUUUGUGGGAUUACGAUUCCCAGAAUCAGGACGAGCUGUCAUUCAGAGAGGGGGACGCCAUCACCGUAGUGCGACGGCAGGAUGACAGUGAAACGGAGUGGUGGUGGGCGCGGCUUGAGGACAAUGAGGGCUACGUGCCCCGCAACCUGCUGGGGCUCUAUCCUAGAAUCAAACCUCGUCAGCGCUCCCUGGCGUAGUGUCUCUCUCCACUGACCUGUGGCUAACAGCUGGACUAGUGACACAACCAAGAGCAGAGAACAACAAAGGAGCCUGGUGCUCCGUCUUCUCCCCGUGGCCAUAACUCCUCCCGUCUGGCCUUGUGCUUCUCACAAAAUCCUUUUCUUUUUUUUUUCUCUCUAUCUCUCUCUCUGAAUCAGUCAGGCACAAAACUCUGACACAUAUUUACAUCCGCACACACGGAGACAAACACUCAAAGAAACACAAGCACUCCAAAGUCUCUUAAAUGACUCCAUCCCGACUCCCCCCCCCAUCUGUCGACCUAUCGCUCUGUCAUUGUUGAUUUUUACCCACUUUUCAGUGCCAGCUCUGUAACAAGACAUGAGUUUGAAGAAUCAAAACACUAACCUUUGUCUCAGUAUUUUUCUUGCAGUGUUCACGCCAUCUCUAUCUCCCUGAUGAGGUCUGUGGUGGCACUGGUUUACAUGACACUACAUGGUAGCUGGAAGGUCACCUUUGAAGUUACUGAUAUUUUUCAGUGAAAUGUAAUUCAAGUUAUUUAAUAUUAAGUCAUUUCAAGGCCAAUUGGACCCCCACAGAAAAACACUUUACACCUGAAAAUGUGCUUUGACCGUAGCCUAACCACCAAAGAUGAAUAAAGAUUUGAAUUCUUUUAUUCCCUACGAUCUUGCAGGAUCCUUGAGGAGAGAGAUAAUCAUUAGAUUUGCUGCUAUCAGAAAUGAUUAAUAGAUCCCAGGAUUUAAUUUUUCAUGGAGCAGAUUUAUCUUUUUUUUUUAAUCAUGCUGUAAAUCCUCAGUAUUAACUGCACAGGCCAGUCAAAAGCACUCAAGUGUAUUAAAAGAUAAAUUUAAAUCGACAGCUCGCACAUAGUCAUGAAUUGCAUUUCAACAACAUCAUUGCAAGAUGUGAUUUAUUUUAUAUUAUUAUUUUUUUCUUUUUGUUCAUUUAGUGUCAUCUGUUCAGAAUCUUGAUGCAGGAUUGUUGUGGAUGUGUGGCAAGAACAUUAAUAAAUUAUAAGUGAGCCUUUGGA